AUGUCUUCACCUCCUGAGAACAUCGCGACGGCCCUUCGCACUGCCCGGGUUCUGAGCGCCCUCCUCAAGCCAGGCCUUGAAGAGAUUAUCCGCGCCCGCGACAACACACUGCGUUGCGCGUGCAGCAAACUUGCCAACGGCCGGGCACAGCCUUGCAACCAACCCGUCUGCAACGAUUGCGUCAAGAACUGUUGA